UUGGCGUCGAAUCGAAACAAAAUCCCGGGAACGUCGAAAAGGAUAGCGCUACCGCAAAUUUCGAUGGAAAAGAAUUUUUUAAUUGCAUUCUCCAUUUUCGACCUCGCUCUCCCUUCUUUACCGACUAUCGAUGAUGAGUUGACGUCGAUAAGGCUGGCUUCUGAAACUUCAAUUCGUCCGUAGUUCAGGUGAUCCCGCAGGGAGAGAGACUCGUCGGAAGAGCGGGCCGUCGCUCCCAGGAAAAGGGAGGAUGGCGCAUGCUCUUCGUCCUGCACAUACAUAACCGGCGAGCUCAGGAGCCAGGUACAGGCGAAAAUCCAUAUUGGUACCGUCUUCUUGGGUGCGAACUCGACGAGGAGUGGCCGGCGCUGGACCUUGAAGAGGAUCCCGAAGAGCGCCUCGAAGAGCCCCCCGAAGAGGGACCAGAAAAUCCCGUCGCGUGGAUCCAGUCGGGAAGGCCCAAGGUCACCCAGGUACGAGACCCACAGGUGACCCCCGGGUCACGCUCUCGUCUCUCCGCCCAAUCCGGGGGCACCGGGGCUCCCCUUCUCCCGCAAUUUGGGAAACCCCCCGGCACGCGUGCGCACCCGCGCCGGCACACGUGCGGCCCGUGUCCGUAAACGCGGAGGUAGUCGGUGUCAUGACGCCCGAGCGGGAGGUGGGCCGACCCUGAAGCAUGGAGAACGGGACACGCGAGGAGAACUACGUCCUGAACGUCCUGGAGUCCAUCAACGAGCUCAACGAGUCGCUCUUCGACGCCGAGCUCGAGUGCCUGGCCGCCAAACAUCUGGCCGGAAGUGCCCCGGAGGAGGUCUGCGACGUCCACUGGGACUCCCUUUUCUGCUGGCCCCGCACCUCGCCCGGCACCCUCGCCAGGCUGGCCUGCUUCGAGGAGCUCAACGGCAUCCGAUAUGACAGCACGCAGAACGCCACCAGAUGGUGCUGGCCAAAUGGAACCUGGGAUUACUCGAACUAUUCCUCGUGUCGCGACCUCCGACAAUUGGCUGUAGAAAGUGGGGUCGAGAUCACGUCUAUGUUAUACUUCAUCGGCUACACGCUGUCGCUGUUGAUGCUCACCGUAGCCGUGUCUAUAUUUCUGCACUUCAAAGAACUGAGAUGUUUGCGGAACAAUAUCCAUGCGAACCUGAUGUUCUCCUACAUCCUUGCCGACCUGGUCUGGAUCCUAACAACGGUGAUGCAGGUAUCCAUGCACUCGGACAUCCCUACCUGUGUCAUACUCUUCUCCCUUCUUCAUUACUUCCACCUGACCAACUUUUUCUGGAUGUUUGUCGAAGGGCUGUACCUGUACUUGUUAGUCGUAAAGACCUUCACCGGUGACAAUAUUAAACUAAAACUAUGCCUCGUCAUUGGCUGGGGAAUACCGAUCUUGAUUAUAGCCGUUUGGGCGAUUGCCAAGUCGCUUGCAGAGAAUAUACACCGGACGAAUCAGAAUGCAGCUUUGUGGAGGCAUUGUCCAUGGAUGAUACCUCAUCCUUACGAUUGGUUCUACCAGGCCCCUGCGAUCUUGGUCUUGGGCAUCAACGUGCUCUUCCUCUUCAUGAUCAUGUGGGUGCUGAUUACGAAGCUUAGGUCAGCCAACAAUGUCGAGACGCAACAAUACAGGAAAGCCAGUAAAGCUCUUCUGGUUCUCAUUCCUUUGCUGGGAGUUACUUACGUCUUAGUUCUGGCUGGACCUACGGAGGGCCAAGUCGCCAAUGUAUUUUCGUACGCACGCGCGGUCUUACUCUCGUCACAAGGUCUGUCCGUGGCGUUGUUCUACUGCUUUCUCAACACAGAAGUACAGAACACGCUGAGGAAUCACUUUUUAAGAUGGAGUGCUGCUCGAAAUCUCGGAGCUAAUCAAGGGUACUACAAUAAUUGGUCACCCCGUUCAAGAACGGAGAGCAUAAGGCUGUACAAUCAACCAUUGAAUCCAUAUCGAAAGAGGGAAUCCACUGUGAGCGAGACGACGACAACCACUGUCAUCGGUGGGAACUCCAACACGGCUUUCCUGGACAAGACCAAGACUAUUUCUGAAGACCGCAACGAGUGAAUCGUUUUGGUGAAGUGUUUGCAUCGAAACCUGUACCAGGGAAUCACAUCGCGCAACUCGAACUCUGUACAAAGUGUUUAGAUGAAUCGUAAGGGCGUUAGUUUUUUUAAUAGCGUUAUACAAGAAAUAUUUAAUUAUGUAAAUGCGAUAUUUAUUAGUAACAAUUGCGAACACACCUAGGAUGGGCUGCGCCCGGUUUGGUGUUUUCAAAAUAUGAUAUUCAUUUGUCUUCAAACUCGACCAAAAUCUGAAGGAGUCGGCGCAACAUGCGUUGGACCACUACGAUGUAAUGAAGCACUCGCAGUUAUCUUCGUGAAUCUCUUUAAAUACUGGAUAACGUUUACAAUACACGUCUACCAGUGGCCGUGUCUAAUGAUACAAACUGCCUCGUCGAAGUGAGGUUUUGUUCGAAUGUUCAAAUGUCUUUGCGAAACGCACGUUAUUGCUUUACAAUGACAGAAAGAUGUCGGAAAUUAAAGUAUCUCGCGGAGCUCCGAAAUUUCCAUACUAUUCACAGUGAUAUCUUGCACAUUGCCGAUAAAUAUGACAUUUUAUUAUGAAUGUGAUGUGUAACAAAAUAGAGCAUGUCGACAUACGCUCAUCGUCGGUGUAAUAAGAAAGAACACAAGAACGAAACCAUGAGUAAUCCGUGUCUUGGUCUAGGAAUUUAAUUUAACGAUAAAGGAAAAUCCGAAGUACGACCCGGCAUAGAUGCGACAAGAUAUUUAAAUGUUAGUCCUGGCCAUACGCGAUUAAAAUGAAUAUCGUGAGUAGGGAAUUAUUCAUUUUAAAAACAAUCCGUAUUUUGAUAUAACUUCGUCUUGCAAUUGGUAACAUUAAGAGAAUACAAAGUUUAAGAAUUAUGUUCUCUGUUAUAUACACAAAUGUAAUAUAUAUAUUUGUAUGAUAUAUAAAUAACGAACCAAAGGUGUAUGUACCUGAAUUUAUGAAUAUUUGAUAUAUCAGGGUCGCGUUCUGUACUGCCCUUGGUACAGAAUACAGGUGGGUAACGCACUUGCCCCUAACUCGGCGCUUAGGAGAAAUAAAUUCAGUCUUCGCCUUCA